GAGAGAGAGAGAUCAGUAGGGAAGGAGGAGUAGAACUCUGGACUCAACUUCUUCCCCGUUUCUGAAAAGUUUCACAGAACGAAGGUCCUUGGACCGGGGUUCGAACGGACACCUUCCUUUCCUUGAUGGGACUCCCGCUUGUUGAUUGAUGUGGACGCAGCGAGCCUGGACCGAGCCCUCGGAGUAGCUGAGAAGUGAGCCCCUCGCCUAUGGGGGCAGCCAUGUGGACCCACGGUGUCUCUGCGUUCCUCUUCCUCGUAUGGCUGAACAUCAGCGCAUGUGACGAAGGUCCGCAUCCGUCUGGUGGAGGGGUCCGAUGCCCUGCUCUGCAGGUGGAGGACUGGAAAUUCCCCCAGACGACCAGGCACAACAUCACAGGUUUCAAUCUGGUGCGACGGUUCUCCCUGCUGAAGAUGGCGGAGGUGAAGAAGAUCCGGAACGAGCGCGGCCCCGUCAUUCUGAGGCUGGGGAAGGUGCCCUUGGUCCGUCCCACAGACCAGGUGUUCCCCCGUGGGCUUCCCGAGGAGUUCACUCUGGUCCUCACCCUGCAGCUCAAGAGGAAGACCAUCAGGGAUAAUGUGUACCUGCUGCAGAUCUCCGACGAGCAGGGCUACCCCCAGUUCUCCCUGGACCUGAACGGGCCCGAGCGGAGUCUGGUCCUGCGGGCACAGGGCAGCGGCGACAGCCCCACGGGGUGUGUGUUUGAUGGAGAGGGUGUGGAGUCGUUGCUGGACUUCCGCUGGCACAAGGUGGCGCUGAGCGUGCGAGCCGAGGUCGCCUCCCUGCAUGUGGACUGCGGCUCCAUCGAGACCAAGCCGCUGGGGCCUCGUGAGGACGUGUCCACCCAAGGACACACGCUGCUCGGCAUCCGGGCGUUAAAUGGGGCCGCUGUGGAGAUGGACAUCCAGCAGGUGGUGGUGUACUGCGACCCCGCGCUGGCCAUCCAAGAGGCCUGCUGCGAGAUCCCGGGCGCCCGCUGCCCGCCAGAUGCCCCCAAGAGUCGCCGAGCCGCCGAGACAAGUCCCCGAGGGAACCUGGUGGAGUUGAUCACACCACCCGACGGCCAGGGGAUUUUCAGACCUCUGUCGGACAAAUGUUCUGGUUGUGUCCUGCUCGAUGAGGAACAACUUACUGGACAAGGAGAGCUCAGGUCCUCAGGACAACCUGGAAUCAAGGGGGAGAAGGGAGAUAGGGGUAUGGAUUGCACUGGUAGUGGAACGCCUGGAUCUUGCACCGAGGGGCCUAAAGGAGAGAAGGGUGAGAAAGGCGAGCCGGGACUGACCGGGAAUUGGGGGGACGGAGUCGAACAGAAGGGUGAAAAGGGGCAGAAGGGGGAAACUGGCCUUCAGGGUGUGCCUGGGGUCCCUGGAAAAGAUGGCCGAGCUGGUUCCAUAUGCGUGGUGGGUCCCAAAGGACAGAAGGGUAGCCCGGGCAUGGUUGGACCAGAGGGUCUGGCAGGGGAACCUGGCCCCCCAGGACUACCAGGGUUGCCAGGCGUUGGGAAGCCAGGACCACCUGGAAACCCAGGAGGACCUCCAGGAUCGAAGGGGGAUAAGGGAGAAUCUGGGAUGCCUGGCAAAGAUGGCCAGCCUGGUGACCCUGGUCCCAGGGGCCCAGGGGGGACCAAGGGAGAGAAGGGGGAGCCCUGCGAGGUUUGCCCCACGUUGCCUGUUGACCUGGGGAACACCAUGGUACUCCAAGGCAAGCCAGGUCCCAGAGGAGAACCCGGAGCCCCAGGCCUAGGGGAACAGGGACCACAGGGCUUGCCAGGUCAGGACGGGACGCCAGGCGAGAAGGGAGAACCGGGGUCAAGCGGGGUUAAGGGUGAAAAAGGUGAGCCGUGCACCGUGUGCCCCACACUGGGAGACAGCCUCAACUCUGUGGUCACAGACACCAUGAAACUGGGGCAGAAGGAGCAAAAGGGCGAGGUGGGGAUGGGCUCCAAAGGCGAAAAGGGUGAACCCGGGACCAUUGGACUGACCGGCCUGAGAGGAGAUAAGGGUAGCCCUGGUGCCAAGGGCUCUGAUGGGGGAACGGGCAGGCAGGGCCUGAGGGGGCCUCCGGGUCAUGAGGGGACCAAAGGUGCCAAGGGUGAUCCUGGGAUGCCUGGUCAAGGGGUCCUGGGGCCCAAAGGGGAGAAGGGAGAGUCCUGUGGUCCAUGCAACAUGGAACCCCCCAAAAAUGGAGCCUCACCUGCCACCGAGGUGCCUGACGCUGGUCCCCCAGGGCCUCCAGGUCCUCCAGGUGUGAGUGUGGAGGGAAAACAGGGCAAGCCAGGAAAAGCAGGUGCUAAAGGUGACAAGGGAGACCGAGGUUUUCCGGGGGAUCCUGGGAUCCCAGGGCUUCAUGGAGAGCCAGGGAGGGACGGCCAGGUUGGAUUCAAGGGGGAGAAGGGGGAUGCCUGUGACAGCUGUCGAUCUCUCCCAGAGGAGCUGAUGGGUGUGGCAAGUUUUCAAGGGUCAAAGGGCCAGAAGGGUGAUUCCGGCCCACCUGGGGUGGGGAUCCCCGGGAAGCCCGGUGCUCCUGGCCUCCAGGGUCCCCGUGGACCCCCAGGACCUAAGGGAAGUCAGGGUGAACCAGGACCUCCGGGAACAGGAGCUCCAGGACCUCAGGGACAAGAUGGUCCGACGGGAUUACCUGGAGUUGCUGGGCUUCCAGGGAAGGAUGGUGUUCCUGGAUCCGCGGGACUCAAAGGAGCAAAGGGUUCGCAGGGAGAAAGGGGCCCACCGGGACCCCAGGGACCCAUGGGUGCAGGAGCAGCUGGAACUCCAGGAAGGUCUGGACUCCCAGGACCACCUGGUAUCCCCGGCCAGGACGGACGGCCUGGAACGAGCGGCGCCAAGGGCGACAAGGGCGAACCAGGGGAAUGCAACUGCCUCUCAAACAUCGUGGGAGGUCCUGGCGCCCCUGGUACCGUGAGCAUGAGUAUGUGGCAGGGACCCCCAGGACCUCCUGGCCCCCCCGGCCCCCCUGGGCCCCAGGGGUUUACGGGACCUCAGGGUAUCCCUGGCAACGAUGGCAUACCAGGGCAACCGGGUCUGCCCGGCAACGUACCUCCCCUGCCAAUCAUCCAGGAUGCCGCCGACCUGAGCAAGGAGCCCUGCGAGGACUGCUCACAGGGUCUCCCGGGUGUCCCUGGUAGGGUGGGCAUCAAGGGCGAGAAGGGAGAACAGGGCAAGCCGGGACGAUCCGAAGGCUGCGAAUGGUGCCUAGAAAAACUUCAGAGGGAGGAGGAAAUAUCACGGCCUGGUACCGGCAACAACGCUGGACCAGCUUGUGCAGGGGUUCCAGGGAUGCCAGGCGUACAAGGACCGCCAGGAAUCAAAGGCGAGCAGGGUCCUUCAGGUCAAAGAGGCUUCCCCGGACCCCCCGGAAAUAUUGGUCCCCCAGGUUUCCCUGGUCCUCAAGGCUCCUCCGGAUUACCUGGCCAGCAAGGAGAGAGGGGACCCCCCGGACUCAUGGGUAUGAAGGGUGAACAGGGUCCUCCAGGAACUCCUGGUUACCCUGGAUCCAUGGGACCCCCUGGCCUCCCAGGGCUGAAAGGAGAACGUGGACAGCCAGGGAUUGCAGGGCAGAAAGGAGAGUCGGGACCCCCUGGGAUUCAAGGAUAUCAGGGACCCUCAGGCCCCGCGGGACCCAAAGGAGACACAGGGUUGGCAGGCUCCCCUGGACAGAAGGGAGAUCAGGGUUUCCAAGGACAACCUGGGUUUCCAGGCUCACAGGGUCCCCCAGGGUUCCCUGGCAAAGCUGGGCCUCCUGGAUCACCAGGGCCAGCAGCAGAAAAGGGCAGCGAGGGUCCUCGAGGAUCUCAGGGACCUCCAGGACCUCCUGGUUCACCUGGAUCCCCUGGAAUGCAGGGACCUCCAGGGAUUGAAGGCAUGGAUGGGAAACCUGGAAAACCAGGACUGAGGGGAGACCCAGGACCAGCAGGCCCGAUCGGACCUCGGGGAAUGCCGGGGUUCAAGGGGAAAACCGGACAUGCUGGGUUCCCAGGAAUGAAGGGAGACAUUGGUCCUCAGGGCCCUCCAGGAGCCGCCGGCCGACCGGGACACGAGGGUGACCCUGGGAGCCCAGGCCCACCUGGUCCACCAGGACCUGCUGGACACCUUGGAUCUCAAGGACCUAUUGGACCUCCUGGACCCUCUGGGCCCCCUGGACUGGGAAUGAAGGGUGAAAAAGGUCAAGUUGGGGAGAGAGGACUCCCAGGGAUGGUGGGACCACCUGGAACUCCAGGGCAUCCUGGGCCACUGGGAGAGCCAGGAACCGAUGGAGUACCAGGCAAGGAUGGAAUUCCUGGUCAGCCAGGAGACAACGGACAGCCAGGCCAGAAGGGUGAGGCGGGGACCCAGGGAAUGAGAGGCCCACCCGGCGAACGAGGACGGCCCGGACUUCCAGGGUCUGGUUUUUCAUCCAAGGACUCCAGCAUUGGCAUGAUGGGGCCGGCGGGCCCCCGAGGUGAGAGGGGAAGCCCAGGACCGCCCGGCCCUGGCGGAACACCCGGCUUGCCAGGUUUGCCAGGAACAGAGGCGGUGGUGAAUUACGACGAGAUCAAGAACUUCAUCCGGCAGCAAGUGAUGAAAAUAUUUGACGAGCGCAUGGCCUACUACAUGUCCCGCAUGCAGAUGCCUGUGGAAAUGGUGUCGGCCCCAGGUCGGCCCGGGCCCCCAGGGAAAGACGGAACACCCGGUCGACAGGGUCUCCCUGGAAUGCCGGGGCUCCCGGGGCAGAUUGGCCGAGAGGGCCGGCAAGGCCCCAUGGGACCGCCAGGUGCUGCAGGGGUGAAAGGAGAAAAAGGAGACAAAGGUGUAGGAGAGAUGGGUGACACGGGGCCUCCUGGAGCUCCAGGCGUUCCGGGACCGCCAGGCUACGGGAAAAUGGGACCCACAGGUCCAGCCGGACAGCAGGGCAUACCCGGUAUCCCCGGCCCCCCUGGUUCUCCAGGACAGGCCGGCAAAGAGGGGCGGUGUAACCCCUCAGACUGCUACAGUGCAAUGCCUGCAGAGUACAACCCCAAGGGUCCUCAAGUAAAGGGCCCCAUGUAUUAAAGGAAGAGAUGUCGGAAGGAGCACAGUUACCCCAGCCGAGUCCCAAAACCCCAGCCUCGAUCCGCUGUGUAACUUGACGGGACGCAGACGCACACUACGGUACACCUGGGGUCCUGCACAGCGACGAGACCAUGAAGUCAACCAAUCUGGAAUAACCUGUGGAACUUCUCCCCCGGGAGUCAAAAGAGGCCCUCAACUUCUCAAGUCACGGAAAAGCGGGAAAGAAACUGCGUUUUACGGUUUGCGCCAUGGUCAUUUUGCUCUAAACAUGAUCCCGCAUUUAAUACAAUCACAUUUGUUUGUUCAGCUCGUAAUAGCCAAGGUGAGUUUGAACAGAUGGUAAAUGAGUCUCACAUCAGUAGCUUGUGGCCUUUAGAAUCUAAAGUAGCCACAUGUCCCUCUAAAAAAUGCUUAAUUUAAUUUUGUUUGUAAUUUAGCUGCCUUAUUUACUGUUUCGGAGACUCAACAUGUCUGCAUUUCCUGAUUCUGGAGGAAGAAAAAGCAAAAAAACACCUUGCACGCACACACACACACACACACACACACACACACACACACACACACACACCCAACAGCCCUCAAUGAAAAAAAUGUGGAGGGUGCUGCUGGCAGCCAAGAUGGCCGCCUCCGUCGCCAGUGUCCGUCGCUUGUUUGCCGAGCCAUCCAAAGUCUUGAACCGGUUCAGGCCGGGCCCUCGGUCCAGUAGAAAUUGUCCCGUUUCCAAAAAAAGCUCCAGGAAUGUGUUUACCAUGUUAGCUGUUUAGAAAUAAGAGUCCAAGCAGGAGAGGCGAUGUGGCUCGGUGUCCCCUUCCUGUUCCGGGAAUUAACGUGAAAUAAUACGGUACACAUCCGCAGUCCAGCAGCUUCCUUUUGGACUUUUGUGUUGUACAUAAUUCUGUUUACACUGCUCUCCUCUUCAGUU